ACCUAUCGAGGGUUUAUCAUCUCUUUCACGGCAUAAAAAUACAGAUAAUAGAAAUAAAUACAGAAACAAAUGUAAACAUAAUUGAUAAGCGUGAAUAGUUCUUCAUCGUUUAGGAACUUAAGUUACUUGUAACUUAUACAUAUGUGCCAACUUACCAUCUUUACUUUAAAACCGGAAUCUCAAACAAGAUAAUAUGGCAUUAAAUGGAUUCUUAGAGUUCUUUCAAAAGGGCAAGACUUUUAGGCCAAAGAAGCCCUUUGCCUCGGGAACAAUUAGAUAUUCGCUACACAAGCAAGCUCAGGCCAGUCUGCAAUCCGGGAUUAAUCUUCGGCAAGUUGUGCGGCUGCCCCAAGGGGAGAAUUUGAACGACUGGCUGGCUGUACAUGUUGUGGACUUUUUCAACCGCAUAAAUCUCCUUUACGGCACUGUCUCCGAGUUUUGCAACGAAACUACAUGUCCCACAAUGUCUGGAGGAUCCCGGUAUGAGUAUUUAUGGGCUGAUGGAGAUCUAUAUAAAAAGCCAACUGCACUCUCAGCCCAAAAAUAUAUUGAACACUUAAUGGACUGGAUUGAGACACAAAUCAACAAUGAAUCUGUCUUUCCCGUAUCUACUGAUGUUCCUUUUCCGAAAAACUUUUCAGCCAUUAGUCGGAAAAUUUUAACCCGUCUCUUUCGUGUGUUUGUCCACGUCUAUAUCCACCACUUUGAUCGUAUAGUCAGCAUUGGCGCAGAAGCCCACGUAAAUGCCUGCUACAAACAUUUUUACUACUUUGUCCAAGAAUUCGACAUGGUUUCGGCCAAGGAGUUGGAACCGCUGCAGGAAAUGACAUCUAGAAUUUGCAAAGACAAGGAUUAAAUGUAUCUCGUACUAGAUUGUGAUGUAAAUAUUUAUUGUUUAU